GCCUUUCUUCCUCUUCUGCCUUCUCGCGGUGUUCCGCUGCCCGGUGUUCGUGUUGGUUGCCGUCCCGCCGUCUCUCUGGCCGCCCGGGUCUCUCGUCGCCUCCCAUUUUUCAUCCCCUUUUUCCCGCGAGGUGCCGCUUCUUUCGGCUGCUUCUGCUCCGCCGCCUCAGCGCAGAUUUGCGCUCUUUCUCUGGUCGCCCCCGCAGCCUAUGGCCCUGGAAGGCGCCGUUGCCGCCUCCUGUAUUUCUGCUGUAGGUUCCCACAUCACUCUUUAAAAAUUCCGCCUAAAAAGAGAAGACGAUUUACCAAAUCUUUCGGGCCGUUGUCCCACGGCAAGCUCUCUGAUCAAGUUUACAACUAUCCAGAGGGUUUAGGAGAAGUGCUUUAUCGAGAACAGUUCGACUUCAACGCUGAGCCACCUUGGGAACCUAGCUGAUGAUAGUAGGGUUCCAUCUCCUAACUUGUCCAUUUUGUUGCAUAAUUUAAGGAUCCAGCUCUAAGGCUUUGUGGCCUGUUCCUUGUGUUUCUUGGUUUAUGACUGUCGGCUUUGCGGAAUACGGCUGAGAUGAAAGGAUUUCUUGAGGAUGCAAACUACUCCAUUGGCUUACUGGAUGAAGGAAUGAACAUUGCAGAUGUCAUUGACAACUACAUUUAUGAACAUACCCUUACUGGAAAAAAUAGUUUUUUUAUUGGCGAUCUGGGAAACUUGAUCAAGCAACAUAUUCACUGGCAGAAUGUGAUGGCACCAAUAAAGCCGUUUUACAGCCUAAAAUGUAAUUCUACUCCUGGUGUACUCGAGAUACUAUCAGCUCUUGGAACUGGGUUUGCAUGCUCAAAUAAAACUGAAAUGGCAUUGGUUCAAGACUUGGGUGUUUCUCCUGAAAACAUUAUAUUCACCAGUCCUUGCAAGCAAGCUUCUCAAAUAAAAUAUGCAGCAAAAAUUGGAGUAAACAUCUUGACAUGUGAUAAUGAAUUAGAAUUAAAGAAAAUUGCUAGAAACCAUUCAAAUGCAAAGCUCUUACUUCAUAUUGCCACAGAAGACAUAAAUGGAGAUGAAGAGAUGACUAUGAAGUUUGGCACUACCCUGAAGAAUUGUCGUCAUCUCAUGGAAUGUGCUAAGGAGCUGAAUGUCCAAAUAGUUGGUGUUAAGUUUCACGUGUCAAACCCUUGCAUGGAAUCUCAAGCAUACAAAGAUGCUAUUUCUGAUGCUCGUUGUGUAUUUGAUAUGGCUGAAGAAUUUGGCUUUACCUUGAAUAUGUUGAACAUUGGUGGUGGUUUCACUGAUCAUGAACUUGAUCUGGAAGAGAUUAAUCGUGUUAUCAUUCCGCUGCUUGGUACCUACUUUCCUGAAGAAUCUGGUGUAACUGUGAUUGCAGAGCCUGGAUGUUAUUAUGUUUCUUCAGCAUUUACUCUAGCAGUUAAUAUUUUUGCAAAGAAAGCUGUUCAAUCUGGUGACCGUCUUCUCAAUAAAUUGGAACAAACGCAGAACGAUGAACCAGUUUUUUUUUAUUACAUGAAUGAUGGGGUUUAUGGUUCUUUUGGAAGCAAGCUAUCUGAGAACUUGACUACUAUUCCAGAGGUUCACAAGAAAUACAAGGAAGAUGAGCCUCUGUUUGCAAGCAGUCUUUGGGGUCCAUCCUGUGAUGAGCUUGAUCAAAUUGUGGAAAGCUGUCUACUCCCUGAGCUGAAUAUUGGAGACUGGCUGCUCUUUGACAAUAUGGGUUCUGGUUCUUUGGGUGAACAACCUGCUUUUAAUGAUUUCCAGAGGCCACCCAUUUACUAUGUAAUGUCAAUCCGUAACUGGUGUGAGAUGCAAGAUGCUGGAUUUAUCUCUGACACACUGAUGAAGAAUUUCUGCUUUGUGCCUUCUUGCAUUCAGCUGAGCUCUGAAGAUGGCUUUUCUAUUGCAGCUUAAACAGGCACUAAUGCUACAUUUAGCCUUGCAGUUGCUCGUCUAUAAUCUUGUCUGGUCACAACAUUCCAGAGUGAAGGAAAAGUGGAACAAUCUUGAAUGAAUUAUUGAAACUUGAAAUCAAUUGGGACCAGGCAAACCAGCUACAACUAAAUUCACUGGGGGAGUAAAGCUUACAUAAUAAACAUCCCGAAAUGUCAGAUCAUUUAAUCCCUCAAUAGUUAAAACAAAAUAUGCAACAAAAUGGAUGACUUAGUUGAGAUGGAAACCCAUCACUUGGGUUCUCUGUUAAACAGUUUACAUACAUACAAGUACAGUUUUUAUACUAAGGAUUUCUGUUAGAAAGUCUUGUAAAGUUGUCUUUCCCCAGAUAUAUGAAAUAUCAAGGGAAACAAGUGUGAAUUCGUUAGCAAUGUUAGUAUAUUUAGAAUGUGUAAAUUUGUGCUUUGAACUGUAGUUUAAUAAAUGUAAAAUUGCAUCAUAGUAUUUGUUGUAUUUCACCCUUGUUGUUCCCUCUCUUGUAUGAAUGCAAUAAAAUUUUGUGUAGAUUUUACUGUUCUCUGGAGCUAACAGGGAAGAAGUCUAAGCAACAAUGAUAGUUUAAGUACAAAAACAUGGAAGAUAAAUUGAAAAAACUUUAGAUUCAAUUGGCAGAACAUUAAAUCAUGGCUAAAAUAAAAUAAAUGUAUAGCACUAAAUUGGAGUGUAGGUAUGGAGCUUUCUGAAAUUUUGAUUUAAGAUUAAGUUUUUGUUCUUUUGAAUUUUGAAAGCAAGACCAUAAUUCUGAAAAUAGGAUAUAAUUAGAUUUGGAGAAACUACAGCAGUAAAUAUAGAAAUUAUUGAAGCUUUUACUCAUUAUUACUUAGACUCUUCCUAUACUUUAAUUUUAAUUUAUUUUACUAACCUAGUGGUCUUGGUAGCUAUUUUUGAAAUGCACCAAGUCAAUUUCAAAGUGGAAUUUGUAUAUCUAAUUUGGUGAUGCGAAAUGGGCUGCCAAGUGUAAAUGCAUUUUAUAUUAGUGCCAAUGGAUAGAAUGUUUAUGCCUCAAUUUAGCGGAGCUAAAAUGCACUGUUUGCUAGAGAAACAUCAUUAUAGAAAAUGGUUCUCUUCAGCAUGAACAUUUAAAAUUACAGGUACUACAUUUGAGAUGCUUUUCACUUGCAUGAAUGUUUCUACAGCUAAAUCUAAGUGACCCUGAUCACUGACCAUGGCUGUGAGCAUUAAAGCACAAAUAAAACUACAAACUAAUUCAGUUUUCCAAUUCAGGAAAAAGACAAAUCACUUUCUAGCAUUUUGAUCCAAUAUCUGCCAGGGUUCUGUCAGUCUGGAAAAAGGGGAAAAACUAUCAUAAUUCCCCAAGUGUCUCUAACGAUGCCCAUGGCUCUGCUAUAAGUUUUUAAACUAUUGUGAGUUUAACCAACUCUGUUGUAAAUGGUACAGUCACCUUGGAAAUGUCUGUAUUGUAUUUGACAGUUUGCCAUAAAAACUGGUUUGAACUUAGUAUAUAUUUGAAUUUAUAUGCUAAAACCUAUCUUCUGUUUACAAUAUUGUAAUAUCAGUUUUGGAAUAACACAAAUAUAAAACUGAAUGAUUUCUAUAUAGCAAAUUAA